GCGCUAUUUACGGCGGGGACUGCCUGGCGGGUGCUGGCGUUGCUCUCUGCGGGUACGUCCGACGCCCGUCCGCUGUUCGUGGCUUGUGCCGGGUGUCUGGGCGGUGAGGACGACCGCCGGGGAGCGCGCGGGGCCCGGAACGUGUCCUCGGUAGUCUUAGUCCCGCUCUAUGCUCCGGUCCCCGUCCCGACAUUGACGGCGCCCGGGCUGGUGCGCGGCGCGCCCCGGGGGUCGUAGUGCAGCCACGCCUGGCUCCCGGAGCGACGGGGGCGCGAGGCGUCAAUGGAUCGCCAUUCCAGCUACAUCUUCAUCUGGCUGCAGCUGGAGCUCUGCGCCAUGGCUGUGCUGCUCACCAAAGGCGAGAUCAGAUGCUACUGUGAUGCUGCCCACUGUGUGGCAACAGGUUACAUGUGUAAGUCUGAGCUCAGCGCCUGCUUCUCCAGACUUCUCGAUCCUCAGAACACCAAUUCCCCACUCACUCAUGGCUGCCUGGACUCACUUGCAAGCACAGCAGACAUCUGCCGAGCCAAACAGGCCCAAAACCACUCUGGUCCUGCCAUGCCCACUUUGGAAUGCUGUCACGAAGACAUGUGCAAUUACCGAGGACUGCACGACGUUCUCUCUCCUCCCAAGAGCGAAGCCUCAGGACAAGGAAACAGGUAUCAGCAUGACAGCAGCAGAAACCUCAUCACGAAGGUGCAGGAGCUGACUUCCUCUAAAGAACUGUGGUUCCGCGCAGCCGUGAUAGCGGUUCCCAUCGCUGGCGGACUGAUCUUGGUGCUGCUCAUUAUGCUGGCCUUGCGAAUGCUGCGAAGCGAGAACAAGAGACUGCAGGAUCAGCGGCAGCAGAUGCUCUCCCGUUUGCACUACAGCUUUCACGGACACCAUUCCAAGAAGGGGCAAGUUGCAAAGUUGGACUUGGAGUGCAUGGUGCCCGUCAGUGGGCAGGAGAACUGCUGUCUGACCUGCGACAAAAUGAGGCAAGCAGAACUCAGUCAUGAGAAGAUCCUCUCCCUCGUGCACUGGGGCAUGUACAGUGGUCAUGGGAAACUCGAGUUUGUAUGACAAUCAUGUCUGAACUAUAAACGGAACCCUUGAAGGCCUUCUGAGUUCUGCUGACAGGAGCACUUUUAUCUGGAGACAACUAACUCGAUUAGUCAUCUUGGAGAAACGAAAUGACCUCUGGAAAGAGAAUCUUGGGUAUUUCUUCUGAAGGAUUAUUUGCACAGACUCUACAGUCAAAUGGAUUAAUUUGCUUUAAAAUUAUAAAAAAGCAAAGAGAGGACUCUGCACACUUUCCCAGGGUUCUUUGUGUCCCAGGGAGCCACAACUGACUGAAAUAAAAACACUGUGCUCUCUGUAAGCUCCUACAUCUUCAUUUAUUGUAAAGAUUUUUUAAAAUAUAUAUAUUUUUGUCCGAAAA